UCUUCUCCGAUUUCAAAACCUUCUUCCUUUCUAUCGAUUUCCUAAAUCAAACCAAAAUCAAAAGAAAAUAAAAUAAAAUAAAAUAAAUAAAUAACAAAGAGAGACUUAUUUAGAGAUAGAGAGAGGCAGUUGAAAGAGAAAGAGACAGAGGGAGGAGUGCUAAGAUGCGCCGGGAGGUGGUGUUUUCGUUGUUUGUUCUGUGCUUCCUCGGAAGCGACGUCGUACAGAAGGGGCAGGCCAUAUGGCUGACCGUGCCGCCCUCGAAGAACAAGUGCGUGUCCGAGGAAAUCCAGAACAACGUCGUCGUUUUGGCCGAUUACAUUGUCGUCUCCGACGAUCCCUCCCACGCCAUCCCCACCAUCUCCGCCAAGGUGACAUCACCAUAUGGAAAUACUCUUCAUCACGUUGAGAAUGCAACACAUGGACAAUUUGCUUUCACAGCUCAAGAGGCUGGCAACUACCUGGCAUGUUUCUGGGUGGAUGGGUCUAACCCAGGAGGUGGAGACGUAAGUGUAAACCUUGACUGGAGAACUGGAAUUGCGGCAAAAGAUUGGGAAUCAGUUGCAAGAAAAGAGAAGAUUGAGGGUGUUGAGCUCGAGCUGAGGAAACUUGAGGGAGCAGUGGAGGCAAUUCAUGAGAAUCUGCUCUAUCUCAAGAGCAGAGAAGCGGAGAUGAGGACAGUGAGUGAAACGACAAAUGGGCGGGUGGCCUGGUUGAGUAUCAUGUCCCUGGGUGUCUGCAUUGUCGUUUCGACUAUGCAGUUAUGGCACUUGAAGCGUUUCUUUCAGAAGAAGAAGCUUAUCUAGAUUUUGCUAAUUUACUUUAUGUUUCUGGAUGGAAGAAGAGAUUCUAUAAUUUCUUUUUUACUAAAAACAUUUUUUUUAUUAUAUGUUGUAGGAAAUUUUUGAUACAAAUUUACAAAAUGUCUGCGAGAGAAGUUUUGUUUU